CACACCGAGACGCGAUGUAAUCAUAAGCAAGUGGUUUACAAUUUGCAGUAGUGUCUAUAUGAGUUGUCAAAAAUGCCACAUCACAAUUUGAAAGAAAAAAAAACAGAGAAGCUUCUUGAUUAUAUUAACUGUCCAUGGCGGACAUCGACAUCGGAACAGCAGCAGGAGGAGACAACGGAGGAGGAGGAAGACGAGAGCCGUUGAUCAACCGUGAAAGCAAGUUCACGCGCUGUGUCUCUCACGCGCAAGACGAGCUCCAGAGUUUCCGGAAGUAUCUGAGAUGGAUGUGCGUGGAUCAGUCGAGCCCCUGGAUGGCGGUUCUCUCUUGGUCCAUGUUCGUCGUCUUCACGAUCGUGGUUCCCGCCACGUCUCACUUCAUGCUCGCUUGCGCUGACUGCGAUAGUCAUCACUCGAGGCCGUACGAUUCCGUAGUUCAGCUUUCUCUAAGCAGCCUCUCUGCUCUUUCUUUCAUCUGUCUCUCGAGAUUCGUCAGCAAGUAUGGUCUCCGACGGUUCCUCUUCUUCGAUAAGCUUUGGGACGAGAGCGAGACUGUGAGGCGAGGAUACACCAAUCAGCUCAAUAGAUCGGUAAAGAUUCUGUCCUACUUUGUCACACCUUGUUUCUUAGCGAUGAGUUCAUACAAGAUCUGGUGGUACGCUUCAGGAGCUUCUCAGAUUCCUUUCCUCGGUAACGUUAUCUUGAGUGAUACGGUCGCUUGUGUUAUGGAGCUAUGCUCGUGGCUUUACCGUACUACCGUGAUCUUCUUGGUUUGUGUCCUGUUCCGUCUCAUUUGUCAUCUUCAGAUCCUUAGGCUCCAAGACUUCGCUCAAGUCUUUCAGAUGGAUUCAGACGUUGGUUCCAUCUUGUCUGAACAUCUCCGCAUCAGACGUCACCUGAGGAUCAUCAGCCAUCGAUACAGAACCUUCAUAUUGUUGUCUUUGAUUCUUGUCACUGGAAGUCAGUUUUACUCUCUGCUUAUCACCACUAAGGCGUAUGCUGAAUUGAAUAUCUACCGAGCUGGAGAACUCGCACUAUGUUCAAUGACGCUACUCACUGCGCUGCUCAUUCUACUACGAAGUGCUUCGAAGAUCACACACAAGGCUCAGGCAGUGACUUGCCUUGCAGCCAAGUGGCAUGUCUGCGCGACAAUAGAGUCCUUUGAGACAGUUGAUGGAGAGACACCAAGGUUAGUUAAUAGAUCAAGCGGACACGGGUACUAUGCAACAGAUGUUGAUGCUGGAGAUUUAGACGACAGUGAGGAUUAUGGAGACGAAGAAGAUGAUUUUGAUAACAAUGAUCUCAUCCCUGCUUAUGCUUAUAGCACCAUAUCAUUCCAAAAACGACAAGCUCUUGUGAAUUACUUUGAGAACAACAAAGCAGGAAUCACUGUGUUUGGGUUUACACUCGAUAGAAGUACUCUUCAUACGAUAUUUGGAAUUGAAAUGUCACUUGUUCUCUGGCUUUUGGGUAAGACCAUUGGGAUUUCUUGAAGCAUUCCUUGGAUCAUCAAAGUUUUGGCUCACUUAUUGGGUGAUAUUGCUUACAUAUGUGGGUGUACACAGAGGCUCUUUGUAACAAAUACUAUUUCCUAAUUUUUUGAUCAUUUGUAAAUCAUCUUGUUUGUUCUUUAAUGCGUUGAGUUUGUAACAAGUUUCAUAUGUUCAAGGAGAGAACUUUAUAGUAAAUUAGAUUGGUCUUACAAAGCUCUGCCUUUGUUGUCUA